AUGUGCCGCGGAUACAGAUACAGCCGUUCAAUCCGUCGGGUUCCGCGCGUCGUCGUUCCGGGAAACGGACUUAGUGGCGCCGCCAUGGAUUCAGAUUCAGAUUGCAGCGAAUAACAAACUCGGUGGGAUAGAAUAAAUACUGUGUGUGCCAAAACGAAGAAGGAGAAGAAGAGCCGAAAGAUUGCGCGUAUCGGGAAAUGAGUGCAAAUCUAUUUUAAAUGGUGUGCAAUUAAGGAGGCGAAACGAGAAUACUUGACAAAAUGCAUUUGUGCGAGAUGCGUGGCAUGCCGCAGCGCUUGCAACCUCAGUGUUUAACCAACGAAAGCGAAAUUCAACUGAAAAUCAAAAUCAAAAGUAAAAUUAAAAUUAAAAUCAAAAAUAAAACUGCCAGCGAGAUCAAACGCCGACACAGAAACAAUCGAGACUUUCAUGGGGAGCGGCUAAAAAUAAUGCCAGUCGAUCGCGACUCUCGGAGUCGACGAGCGGUAUUCCCACUGCUGCUGCUCCUCGCGGGAUUAAACGGAUUAACUCAAGUCGGAGCGCUCAAGGGUGAAAAUCCACGCAUCAUCGAGCAUCCCAUGGACACGACGGUGCCAAAAAAUGAUCCAUUUACGUUUAAUUGCCAGGCCGAGGGCAAUCCAACACCCAGCAUUCAGUGGUUUAAGGACGGCCGCGAACUGAAGACGGAUACGGGCUCGCAUCGCAUAAUGCUGCCCGCCGGGGGUCUAUUCUUUCUCAAGGUCAUCCACUCGCGCAGAGAGAGCGAUGCGGGCACUUACUGGUGCGAGGCGAAGAACGAGUUUGGAGUGGCGCGAUCCAGGAAUGCAACGUUGCAAGUGGCAUUUCUCCGCGACGAAUUCCGUUUGGAGCCGGCAAAUACCCGCGUGGCCCAGGGCGAAGUGGCCCUGAUGGAAUGCGGCGCUCCCCGAGGAUCUCCGGAGCCGCAAAUCUCGUGGCGCAAGAACGGCCAGACCCUGAAUCUCGUCGGCAACAAGCGGAUUCGCAUCGUCGACGGCGGCAAUCUGGCCAUCCAAGAAGCCCGCCAGUCCGACGACGGCCGCUACCAGUGUGUGGUCAAGAAUGUGGUCGGCACCCGGGAGUCGGCCACCGCCUUUCUGAAAGUGCAUGUGCGUCCAUUCCUCAUCCGUGGACCCCAGAACCAGACGGCGGUGGUGGGCAGCUCGGUGGUGUUCCAGUGCCGCAUCGGAGGCGAUCCCCUGCCCGAUGUCCUGUGGCGACGCACUGCCUCCGGCGGCAAUAUGCCACUGCGUCGUGUGCACGUACUUGAGGACCGCAGUCUGAAGCUGGACGACGUCACUCUGGAGGACAUGGGCGAGUACACUUGCGAGGCGGACAAUGCGGUGGGCGGCAUCACGGCCACGGGCAUCCUCACCGUUCACGCUCCCCCCAAGUUUGUGAUACGCCCCAAGAAUCAGCUGGUGGAGAUCGGUGAUGAAGUGCUCUUCGAGUGCCAGGCGAAUGGUCAUCCCCGGCCAACGCUCUACUGGUCGGUGGAGGGCAACAGCUCCCUGCUGCUGCCCGGCUACCGGGAUGGUCGCAUGGAAGUGACCCUGACGCCGGAGGGCCGCUCCGUGCUCUCGAUAGCUCGAUUUGCCCGCGAGGACUCCGGCAAGGUGGUCACUUGCAACGCCCUGAACGCCGUGGGCAGCGUCAGCAGUCGCACUGUGGUCAGUGUGGACACGCAGUUCGAGCUGCCACCGCCGAUUAUCGAACAGGGACCCGUGAAUCAAACGUUGCCCGUCAAGUCGAUUGUGGUCCUUCCCUGCCGAACUCUGGGCACUCCGGUGCCGCAGGUCUCCUGGUUCCUGGAUGGCAUACCCAUCGAUGUGCAGGAGCAUGAGCGGCGAAAUCUCUCGGACGCGGGAGCCCUGACCAUUUCGGAUCUGCAGCGCCACGAGGAUGAAGGCCUGUACACCUGCGUGGCCAGCAAUCGCAAUGGCAAAUCCUCUUGGAGUGGCUACCUUCGUUUGGACACACCGACAAAUCCGAAUAUCAAGUUCUUCAGAGCCCCAGAACUUUCCACGUACCCAGGGCCGCCAGGAAAACCGCAGAUGGUGGAGAAGGGCGAGAAUGCGGUGACUCUCAGCUGGACGAGGAGCAACAAGGUGGGCGGCUCCAGUCUGGUGGGCUAUGUAAUCGAGAUGUUUGGCAAAAACGAAACGGACGGCUGGGUGGCUGUGGGCACCAGGGUGCAAAACACCACGUUUACCCAAACGGGCCUGCUGCCUGGUGUGAAUUACUUCUUUCUAAUUCGUGCCGAGAACUCCCACGGGCUAUCACUGCCCAGUCCGAUGUCGGAACCCAUUACGGUGGGAACGGUGAGUUUUGAAAAUCAUGCGUUUACCCUUAUGUUUGCAUCAUUAAUACUUUAUUCCCACUCGCAUUCCCUCUUCCCUUCGCAGCGCUACUUCAAUAGUGGUCUGGACCUGAGCGAGGCUCGUGCCAGUCUGCUGUCCGGCGAUGUUGUGGAGCUGAGCAACGCCAGCGUGGUGGACUCCACCAGCAUGAAGCUCACCUGGCAGAUCAUCAAUGGCAAAUACGUCGAGGGUUUCUAUGUCUAUGCGAGACAGUUGCCAAAUCCAAUAGUCAACAAUCCGGCGCCCGUUACGAGCAAUGCCAAUCCGCUGCUGGGCUCCGCAUCCACAUCCACAUCCGCAUCCGCCUCGGCAUCAGCAUCGGCAUCGGCAUUGAUUUCGACAAAGCCAAAUAUUGCCGCUGCCGGCAAACGUGAUGGGGAGACCAACCAGAGUGGAGGAGGCGGAGGAGCAGCUCCCACCCCACUGAGCACCAAGUAUCGCAUGCUAACGAUUCUCAAUGGCGGCGGCGCCUCAUCCUGCACCAUCACCGGGCUCGUCCAGUACACGCUGUAUGAAUUUUUCAUCGUGCCAUUCUACAAAUCCGUCGAGGGCAAGCCGUCGAAUUCGCGCAUCGCUCGCACCCUGGAAGAUGUUCCCUCUGAGGCUCCAUAUGGAAUGGAGGCUCUGCUGCUCAAUUCCUCAGCGGUCUUCCUGAAAUGGAAGGCACCGGAACUCAAGGAUCGGCAUGGCAUUCUCUUGAACUAUCAUGUAAUAGUCCGUGGAAUUGACACUGCCCACAAUUUCUCACGAAUUCUGACAAAUGUCACCAUCGAUGCGGCUUCGCCCACUCUGGUUUUGGCCAAUCUCACCGAAGGCGUCAUGUACACCGUGGGCGUGGCGGCCGGAAAUAACGCAGGAAUCGGUCCCUAUUGUGUGCCAGCUACUUUGCGUUUGGAUCCCAUCACAAAGCGACUCGAUCCGUUCAUCAAUCAGCGCUAUCCCAUCAAUCAGGACCACGUUAACGAUGUGCUGACGCAGCCCUGGUUCAUAAUACUCCUGGGCGCCAUCCUGGCCGUCCUUAUGCUGUCCUUUGGCGCAAUGGUCUUUGUGAAGCGCAAGCACAUGAUGAUGAAGCAGUCGGCCCUGAAUACCAUGCGUGGCAAUCACACGAGCGACGUGCUCAAAAUGCCGAGUCUAUCGACGCGCAACGGGAACGGCUACUGGCUGGACUCCUCCACCGGCGGAAUGGUGUGGCGUCCCUCGCCCGGCGGCGACUCGCUGGAGAUGCAAAAGGAUCACAUCGCCGACUAUGCGCCGGUCUGCGGUGCCCCCGGCUCUCCGGCCGGCGGUGGCGCCUCUUCCGGUGGAUCCGGUGGCGCGGGCAGCGGCGCCAGCGGCGGCGAUGACAUUCAUGGAGGACACGGCAGCGAACGCAAUCAGCAGCGGUACGUGGGCGAGUACUCCAACAUACCCACCGACUAUGCCGAGGUGUCCAGUUUCGGCAAGGCACCCAGCGAGUAUGGACGCCAUGGCAACGCCUCCCCGGCCCCAUAUGCCACCUCCUCGAUCCUCAGUCCCCACCAGCAGCAACAGCAACAGCAGCCGCGUUAUCAACAGCGACCAGUGCCCGGCUAUGGCCUCCAGCGCCCCAUGCAUCCGCACUACCAGCAGCAGCAGCACCAGCAGCAGCAGCAACAGGCGCAGCAGGCGCACCAGCAACACCAGGCUCUGCAGCAGCAGCAUCAGCAGCACCAGCAACUGCCACCCAGCAACAUCUACCAGCAGAUGUCCACCACCAGCGAGAUUUACCCCACGAGCACGGGCCCGCCGCGCUCCGUCUACUCCGAGCAGUACUACUACCCCAAGGACAAGCAGCGGCACAUCCACAUCACCGAGAACAAGCUGAGCAACUGCCACACCUACGAGGCGGCUCCCGGCGCCAAGCAGUCCUCGCCGAUAUCCUCGCAGUUCGCCAGCGUGCGGCGGCAGCAGCUGCCACCGAACUGCAGCAUCGGCAGGGAGAGUGCCAGAUUCAAGGUGCUGAACACGGAUCAGGGCAAGAACCAGCAGAAUCUCCUGGACCUCGACGGCUCCUCCAUGUGCUACAAUGGGCUGGCGGACUCGGGCUGCGGUGGCUCGCCCUCGCCGAUGGCCAUGCUGAUGUCGCACGAGGACGAGCACGCGCUGUACCACACGGCGGAUGGGGAUCUGGACGACAUGGAGCGACUGUACGUCAAGGUGGAUGAGCAGCAGCCGGCGCAGCAGCAGCAGCAGCUGAUGCCCCUGGUGCCACAGCAUCCGGCGGAAGGACAUCUGCAGUCCUGGCGCAACCAGAGCACGCGCAGCAGUCGCAAGAACGGGCAGGAGUGCAUCAAGGAACCCAGCGAGUUGAUCUACGCUCCGGGCAGCGUGGCCAGCGAGAGGAGCCUGCUCAGCAACUCGGGCAGCGGCACCAGCAGCCAGCCAGCGGGCCACAAUGUCUGACCUUUGCUCCCUGGUUCAUCCUUGGGCCAGUCUCAGUCCCAAUCCCAGUCGCAGUCGCAGUCCCAAUCCCAGAGUGAUCUGCAGUCGCAGGAGCAGCUGUACGCUCGGGAGGUGCGGGAACUACUCGCCUGGUGC